UUCUCCGCCAGCAACGUAUCCCCGAGGACGUCCUCGUUUUCCGGGAUGAAAUCGACCUGGCGGGGCUUCAGAAGGCCGGGCUGCUCUCCAUGACUCUGGUGGAUCACCACAUCCUGCCCAGCAAGGACUCAGCGCUGGAGUCCUCCGUGGUGGAAGUGAUGGACCACCGACCCCUGGAGUGGAUGAGGCCCCCUCCUUGCAGGGUGACGGCUGAGCUGGUGGGCUCCUGUACCACCCUGGUGGCCGAGAGGCUCCUCCAAGCACCGGUGCCAACCUUGGACGGGCAAAUUGCCGCACUGCUCCACGGAACCAUCUUGCUGGAUUGUGUGAACAUGGCUGUGGAAGCCGGCAAAGUGACGCCGAGGGACGCCUUUUGCGUCUCUCAGCUGGAGUCCUCGUUCUCCAAGCUGCAGCCACGGAACCGUGUCUUCGACGCCUUGCAGAGAGCCAAGUUUGAUGUUUCAGGGGUCUGCCAAGCCUUGGAGCGCUGUAGCAACCCGUCCCUCGGCCUGUCGCAGCUAGAGACCCCCUGCCCCACCGUCCGGGCCUACCAACAGGGCAACUCCGGUGCCUCCCGCAAGAAACUCCUUCCCAUCGUCCGGGAAUUCCUGCGCCAGUGGGAGGGACCCCGUCCCAGCAGCCCCAGAAUGCAGCCGGAGCUCUCCCGUUGUGUCCCGCCCACCAGGGGGGACGCCGGUAGCCGCGAUCCCAGCGGAGGCGCCAAGGAUGCCCCGAAGCCCCCCCGCCCGGGCGAGGAGGCGGCUGAAGAAGACACCCUGUUGCCCCCCACCCCCAUGAACAGCCUGGUGGACGAGUGUCCCCUCCACCGGGGUCUCCCCGAAGUCUCGCCCGAGGCCAUCUUCGAGAGGGUCAAUCGCAUCGCCACCGAUCGCUCCUUGGGCGGCCGCAGCCCGGAGAAGAAGUGAAA